UUACACAGCUUAUUAUAAAAUUACAUGUCGAAUUAUUUAUUAUUAAUAUUAACGGACCAAUUAAAAACUUGUUUAUUCGCUUGGUCAGAAUAAAAACCUUACGUCAUACGCGUGCGAUCAACAAGUCCUCUUUAAUCUUUAUCGACUUUGCUCUAAGCUGAUUUUUGGUAACAAAAACUGAAAACAAAACUAUGGACGCAACUAAUUUUAAUAACGACAAACCUGAAAAGUUUGAAUAUAUGGAAGAUGUUAGUCGGGUCAUGUCGGUAGCGUCAAGUACUCAAUCGCCACAAACUAAAAAUUAUUUAGCUAAAAAGAGUGGUGGAAUACAAAAACGUGCGUUCGUACCAACAGUGCCAAAUCCUUUCAAAUUUUAUACUGAAACGCGGGCCAAUAACUCUUGUAAUAAAGAAAAUUCCAAAUCACCAUUUAUUCCUUUAGCUCUCAGUGUGCAACAAUUUUUAGAAAAUCCAACCAGAUUUGAUGCUAAGUCUGGUAAAGUACGUUCAAAUACCUUAACUGUACCGAAAUCUCCGUACUUGCGCACUAAAUAUAGGUCUAAACCCACUACUAUAUUACCUACAGAAGAACGCGAAAUAAGGGAAAUGAGAGGUUAUAGAUUCAAGGCCAAUCCAUUAGAUCGAAAGAUCCUUGAAAAUAGGAAUUUCGGAGUCCCAAAAGUACAAAAGCAAAAGCUGACUGAACCAUAUUCACCGGACAUAACGAAACCUAAGCCACCAAGACCGAAGAGUCCUUCACCACCACAUGUCAUUAAAGCUAAUCCCGUACCCGAUUAUAAAGAACCAUAUAGACCGGUGAUUGAACACCGGUUAAUCGAAUUACCAGUGUUUAGUUUACCUGGUGAGGAAAUUUCCAAGAGGAAAUCACAAGAAAUUGAAGAAAGGAUUCGUCAAGAAAAAGAGAAAAUGGAAAAGAUGCGUGAAUUUAAAGCGCAACCGCUUCCUACUGGUUCGCCUGAUUGUCUGCCCACACGUCCUUAUUAUCCACCAACUCACCCAAAACCAUUUGCAUUGUUAACUAAUGAUCGUGGAGAAAAAUAUCAAAGAGAAUUUUAUGAGAGAGUGAGAAAAGAGCAGGAAUAUGUCAAGGAAAAUCGAUUCCAUGCACAACCUCUCCCCAAUUUCGAGCCCGAAAUUCCUAGAAAACCAGAAUGUCCUCCACCAACAGAACCAAUUGGUUUUUUCUUUUUUACUGAUACUCGUAUGGAAGAACGUCAUAUUUAUGACGAACACAGAAGAUUCCGAGAGAAGGAAGCUGAGGAACAAAGAAUAGCAAAGAUCAGGGAGGAAGAGGUACGCAGUGCGGAGGAAAUCCGUCGAUUAAGAGCAGAUUUAGUUCAUCACGCUCAACCUAUUCGAUAUUAUUCACCGAUAAAUAUACAACCAUCGGAUAAAAAACCGACUAGACCAAUUUCUCCCAUGAUCGGUGAAAAACGACUUAAAUACAUACAAAUGUUGGAUAAUUACGAAUACUCUUCUAGAGAUUCACUAUAUGACAUAGAUAAUAUAGAUGACAUCAUCAGCAAUGUGUCAAAUUUGGAUUUCCUAAACCAAUAGGAACAAGUAGGUAAAGAAUAGGUAAAAGGUGAAUUGUUUGAAAGGCAAUUGUGAUUUAAUUCUAUAUAGUAUAUUACAAGAUCUAAAUGUAAUUUCUAAUUGUCCGUUUGCGUCAAUUUGUGUCAUAUCUAUAAUGUUAUCAGAAAAAGGGAGCUAUAACUUAGAAUAAUAAUUUAAUUUACAAAUACGAGAUUUCAUAUUACUAUUAUUAGAACACUAUUGAAUAUAAUUGAGAGUCACAAGUAUUGUUUAGAAGAUACAAAUAAAAUUUUCAUUAUUAAAG